AUGCUGCAGGUGCCCCUGCCCCUGGGCAGGGACGGGGUUCUGUUCCGGCUCCGCUUCACCACCCUGGCCCUGGGCACCGUGUUCUGCCCCCUCUUCGGGUUCCUCUUCUGUGUCACCUGGUCCCUGCUCUUCCACUUCCAGCAGACAACAGCCACCCACUGCGGGGUGCCCAACUACCUCCCGUCCAUCAGCGCGGCCAUCGGGGGCCAGACCCCCCAGCGCUACGUCUGGCGUCUCUGCAUCGCCCUCCACGCCGCCCCGCGCCUCCUGGUCGCCCUCACCUACUGGAACCACUACCUGAGCUGCCCCUGCAGCCACCCCCGUUACCUGUGCCUCUGCCACUGCAACCUGCUGCUCAGCCUGCUGGAGAACUUCGCCCUCCUCCUCCUCACCUACGUCUCCUCCACUGAGAACUAUCCAAUCCAUGAAAAUGCCUUCAUCAUCUUCAUCACGUCGGCUCUGGGCCACAUGCUCCUGACGUGCAUCCUCUGGAGAAUGACUAAGAAACACACAGUAAGUCCCGAGGAGCGCAAGUCGUACAAGUGGAAGCAGCUGCUCUUCCUCUUCACCUUCAUCACCUUCGCGUUCGCCAUCUGCGUCUACUUCCACCACAACUGGUACUGUGGCCCUGGAGUUUACACCAUCUUCGCCCUCCUGGAGUACCUGGUUGUCCUCUCCAACAUGGCCUUCCACAUGACUGCCUUUUGGGACUUUGGCAACAAGGAGCUGGUGGUGAGCUCCCUGCUGGAGGACAAGCACUUCUAG